AUGGGUGCGUGUACAAGCUCGUUUCAAAAUGCGAGGGUAAGUGGGGUUGUAAUUCAAACUCAAUCCUAAUAGUAUGCUAUAAAUUUGUCUGGAAAAUAAUUUGGACUCGGCGGAGAAAACGUCUUGUCUAGUCGCAAAAUUGCUCCAAUCGCCACCAAUUUUUUUCAGCAGACUUUUUUUUGGCGGAGCUUUUUCUAGAGGACCUUUUUUCGACAGUCCUUUUUGUAGUCAACGGAUUUUGGUUACGACAUGUUGCAUCGGUUGCGGCAGAGUCCUCAUUAUUUUUCCGACAAACUGAUUUUUUUUUUUUUUUUUUUGAAAAGCGUAUCAUAUGGAAAAAGUUUACUUUGCGGCGAUAUAAGUUAGCAUUUUCAUAAAGUGCAUGUACCUUUCGUCGUGCGCCGAAUUGUGCAAGGAAAAAGGUCAAAAGUCCAUGCGCUUUACGAAAAUGCUGAUAUUUCAAUGCACGGUGCAAAAACUGAAAGCGUACGGUGCAAAUUGAGGCCUGGAACGUGCAUUUUGCCUAGCGAAAAAAGACUACGCACUUUGUGAAAAUAAUUGUGCAGCAAAAUCCGUCCAUAACGAACACUUUCAGAGUCCUCAAAAACAGUUUUGGGCCAAAAUAAAUCUUUUUAAAAGAAAAUCUUUCCAUAAAAUAUCCACCCUCUUCUUUUCAGGCCAAACUCGCAAGCCUAAACGGCUUCAAUGACAGCAAAAAACCGGCCAAAGAGGACCCGGCGACAGCCGAGAAGAUCAAAGAAAGGAAGGCCAAAAAAGGAGUGGAGAAAAUUGCAUUGACUGAAGAAGUUGUUCAAGUAAGCAGAAAAACAAAUAUUUUUUAAAAUACGAACAAUAAAAAGCAUACACUUGAUUUCAGGAAUACAUCGAACUGGAGAAGCAGAUAUAUCGGUUCGAAUACAAGAAUGUCCUGAAGAAGUACGAAAGCAAGACCAUCUUUGCGGAUGAGGUGAAGAAAACGGUCGAUCAGUUGGAAGCGACGUAUAAGGAGCUGAAAAAACAGACGUAAGAAGAAAUUGGAUUCUUUUGAAGUCCUAAAAAUUAGCUUUUAUUUUGAAUAGUUUUUAAAAAAUCCAUUGACAAAUCAAUAUCGAUUUCGCUGCCAAAGAGGAUUUUAAUCAGCGUUUGCAAACUGUAAAAAAAAUAUGAAAAGUUUUUCCAGCGAAAAAGAGCGAGCAGACGUUGAAAAUAUUGAGCAACCAUCGGUAAAGUCAUUUUUGAAACAACAAGGAACGUGGGAUGAACGGGUGGAAAAGGAAAAAAAGGAGUAUAUGGAUGCGCUGAAUAAGCAAGAAGUGGCCGAAAAGGUAGGCUAAAAAACCAAUUUAUUUAUUUUUUAUUUAUGCUAUGGAUUGUAAAAUACGCAAAGGAUUUCGUCUUUUUUACAGAGUAGUAAACAUUUGUGAGAUUAUGAGUCUGUCGGGAAAAUAAUGUGGAUUUGCCGCGAUCCAUCAUCCGUUUCCGAUGGCUCACUGCGGCUGCAGAUUUUUUGUGCGACAAGCCGAGACACUUUGUUGCGACAAAUCCACAUUAUUUUCCCGACAGACUGAUACAGUGGGGGACCUGAUCCAGUGGCAAAAACGUACCAUUUUGCAUCCUGGAAGCAUCAAAAAAAUGUGGCAAAAUACCUCCCUUUCCAGAUGAAAAAACUCCGAUUUCAAAAAAAGCGCGCCCGCUCUUUUUGCGAGGAAAAAGAACGCGACCUUUUAAAAAACGGAGCUUUUUCACUUCGGGAAGCAUUUUACUGGAUUUUUGAUACUUCCCGGAUGUAAAAUGGUAGGUUUUUUGCUACUGGAUUAGGUUCCCCACUGUAGCUUCAACUUUUUACGUUCAAGUUCCAAGUUUCGGAUCAGGCAUUGGCUGCCCAAAAUUCAUCUCUCAACCGCCAUUUCGGUCGAUAAAUAACGUCAUAUGCCAGUUCCGUAUCCUCCAAUUUUCAGGAGCUCAGAGGCGCUCGAGCCCAAUACGAGCGAGCCGCGAAAAUCGCCGACAUCUACAAGGGCCAGGUGGACCAACUCAACGAGCUCUACGAGAAGCAGGACCGCAUGUUGAUCGGGAUCUUCGGGCCCAACUACGCCAGCGACAAGGAGAACACGCUCGAGGCGGAGCUGGACGACGCCAUGGAAUGGCAACAACGCGUUUCGUUGGCCAAAUUCAAGUGGACCAACGGCCGAGUCCUGCUCGUCCACGCUUCCACGCAAAUGGCGUUCGGAAUCACACGUUGGAAGGAGCUGGAAGACAUUGAAACUGGGUCAGGAAUUACCGCUUUUGUCUAUAAAGAGUAGCGUAUUUCUCAUUGGCUUCGUUUUUGUUCGAAAAAAAAACGAUUUUGGGGGCAUUUUUGAUGACUUUUUUGAUUUCAGCAACACUCGAAUGCGAUAUUUCGCGGCCGCCGAAGCUAGGAACAACUUCAUUGCGGCCAGUCAGAAUGUGCAAUCAUGCCGAGUUUAUUUGGGUGAGUGACAAGAACCAGAGAGAAAUAUGCAUCGCUAACAGUCUGUCGGGAAAAUAAUGAGCACUCUGCCGCAUCAAAGAACGCAUCGUUGCCGAGAAAAUGACUUGUGUCGCGACAAAAUCCAAUUUCUUUUUACUUCAAUCGGUCGGCGCAGCGAAGCUGUGCUCAUUAUUUUCCCGACAGACUGAUAAAUCUAAAGGUCCCAAGCUCAUAUUUUCUUUGAAUUUUGCGCACAGUUGGGCUUAGGCCGUAUAUCCAUUCUUGAAAAUGUUAGCUGGCGGUUUUCGGCAAGAUGAAAGCUGAAGAAAACAUGUGUUUUUCAGUCUGUCGGGAAAAUAAUGAACACAAUAUCGCCGCUCCAACCGCGUCGCUGAGGUGAAAAUUUUUGAUUUUGUCGCAAAGCAAUUUCGACCAUCGGAUUUAUAGUCUGUCGGGAAAAUAAUGAGGAUUGUCGCUGCGCCGAUCGCGUCGCUGAAGCGAAAAGAAUUUGAUUUUCUCCGCGACACAUUUCAUUUGCUCGGCGGCAAUGCAAUUUUCGGGGCGACAGACUGCUCAUUAUUUUCCCGACAGACUGAUAAUUCAGACCAAAUUUUCCUUGAUGUAAAUUUGUAUAUUUUUCCAUUGCAGGACGAGUCCGCUUUCCCUACGCCACCGAGGAAGAGAUGAAUUUGAUGGAACAGACCAUUCACACAUCCUUCAGCGACAUCCAAUCAAACGCGAGUCUCAAACGCGCCCUAACCGUCUAUCAAAACACUCACAAAAAGGUGGCGGCGUUGAUUCAGUGGUUCGACAAGGUCAUCAACGACACGAUCAUCAAGGACCUGGAGAAAGCCAAUACUAAUGUAAGUCUGUUUCCCGGCCGGAAACAGAUUUAUUUGACAGUUUUAUGAGUGACGCAAAUUCGUCUCAAUGUUUGUUACUAGUGUUUUCAUAAAGUACAUGGACAUUUUGUCGCGGCGCACAGUGCAUUUUACCGUCUCUUUCGCACGGUGCGGGCGUUUCGAAAAUUUUGCACUGUGCAUUUUUAGUCAUCGCGCGACAUCGCACAGUGCGAACCCCGAAAACCCCUUUUUGCACAGUGCAAAUUCGCACAGAAAAUCGCUGCGACACAGUUCGAAAAAAGCGUACGUUGCAGCGAUAGUCGCUUGCACGGUGAAAAGGUCAAAUGCACAGUGCAAGCUUGGGUUUUUUGCCUUCCUUUUCGCACGGUGCAGAGUGAGGCAAAAAGCCCCACUUUGCACCGUGCACUUUUUCUUUUGAUUUUUGCACUGUGCAUUUGAAAUAUCGCUGCGACAGCGCCCGAAAUUUGCACAGUGCAAACGGCUUUUUUGUGGUUUGCACUGUGCGAAAAGAAAAAAAUGCACUGUGCGUUGGCGACAAGCGUGGGAAAAAAGUUCAAACUGCACUGCGCGAAGCGAGAAAAUGUCGAUGCACUUUAUGAAACCACUAGUAGACUGCGUAACCGGUCAACUUAUGUUGACUAUUCUCCCAUGUCUUCAGGUGGCGAAGAAACAGAAACAGUUGCGAGAAGAGCGCCUCACUUUGAUGAAGAAGAAGUACAAAGAGGAGUUCAAUAAGGACCUCAAGAUUGACUACGAUAAGAACAUUCACGACGAAACGGACGAGGAAUUACUGGCGUUGGAAGCGGAGCAGGUCAAGGAUCAACAGGAGCUGCCGGGAGAGGACUUGAAGGUGGGUUUUUAUUUAUUUUGAGUUGAUUACAUUUGCAAGACAAGGACCCCAGAUGCGAAGCUCAGAUUUUUUCGAAAUUUUUUACAAAUAUUGGGCAUGUAUCACACACUAAUUCCUGAAAAUUUGAGCUUGUUUUUCGCGGUCACAUCGAUAUUAAACGAUGCUUACCGCCAAGAAAGUACGAAAAGUGCGGAGGGCGGUCAGAGAGGAAGACCCCUUUUGGCCGUGUCUCUACCAAUUUCUCGCCUACAAAAUCCAUUUUUUUUGCCGAAGCAUUAGACUCUACGGUAGAAAUAGGUGUCAGUCUGUCGGGAAACCCUAUGCACACUCUGUCUCUGUUUAGCCACUGCUGUGGGCAGCCGAUGACACAUCUUUCGCUCAUUCAAAUUAUCUAUUCCAAAUUUCAAAAAAAAUCUCAUCUCCAUGGCACUCUCUAAUAUGUUUUUGUGCCAAAGAUACAGCGAACGGGCAAGAUUUUGAACAGACCAAAGACUCGUGGGCCAAAACUAGAAAACGCCGCUCGAAAAACUCUUUAUGGUCUUACAAGGCUCUCUGUAACGACUGGGAGAAAUUUUGAAAGAGCAGUGUUGAAAUUUUCUGUAGCCCGAUAUUCCCCUGGGGUUUCAAUGGGUUCCUGGUGGUGUAGAAAUUAGGAUGGUGGGAGAAUGAGCGAGGAUGAGAAUAAGUGGACAUUUAUAGUAGGUAUUAAAGUGCAUAUCAGUCUGUCGGUAAAAUAAUGUGGAUUUGUCGCAGAAAAUGCCUCGCCUCUGUUUUUCAAAAUUGGGGUUUUUUUUGCUUAGCGACAAAAAGUUUAUCAGUCUGUCGAGAAAGAAAUGAGCACUCUGUCGCAUCAAACGCAUUGCCGGUGAUAAAAUGAAACCUAAAUCAGCGACACAAUCGCUGCAGCGACAUUGUGCUCAUUAUUUCCCGACAUGCCGAUACUUGGCAAAGUUUACAGCGGAAAGGCCCAAAUUAGACACUUGAAAAGCGUUGUAACUUUCUUUAUAGGCAAAAAAGUAGGUUGAAAAAAGAGAAAGGUCUUUUUGAGGAUUUUCAAAUAUUCAUUAUCAAAAUACCGUUGAAAAAAAAAACUUUUUUGAAUAAUAUCACUCUUUAGCCCUUCAAAAAAUUUACGUGACUUUUCAGGAGAUCCUAACGCUUUCCCAGCCCGAAGGCAAGCAUCCAACUCCACUUCCUCUCACCAAACUGGCUCCCAUUCCUUCCAAAGAUGCGUUGUUCGGUAAGCAAAAGGUUUGAGAAGUUUUUGCCAUCUUUACUAAUCCAUUUGCAAAGUCGUCGAUCGUUUUAGGAGACGUCAAAAAGAAGAUUGAUGAGCUGGAUCAUACGCGAAAUUCGAUCCAACAACGGAAUAACGCGAUGAAAGAAAAGUCGGAAUUGGCGUUACAGGUAAGAAAAAAGAUGUUUGUAAAAUACGCCUUGCACAAUGAAAGCAUGCCUUUUUAUACAUACUACUUUUUUUGACGUAAAAAUCUUAGCUUUUUCUGAAAAAAAAUCGCUAAGAUUUUCAUUUUUCCCAGAGGAAAUUCUAGUCAAAAAUCGCUCUAAAUUUCAUCAAAAUGUAUCGCCAAAAAAUCUCCCAUUUUUUAUUCCAGGAGAAACUCCGGCUCCGCCAGCAACAAGGUCGCCGGACGCGUCCGCAACGCGCCAAAUCCGUCAUUGUCCCGCUUCCAUCGCUCAGCGAGCAAGCCGAUGCGGCCGCCGAAAAUGGAGAAGGCCAUGAACUGAGGCCGGCGAAAAAGAAACGAAGCAAAUCCAAGACUCCAUCUCCAGUGCCUCCGGCAUAA